GUGAAGUGAAGACAGAAAGAGGGUUUUAGAAGGGGGUAAUGGUGAUGGAGAAAGUGAGGUUACGCCUAGUAUUCUCAGAUCCUCAGAUUCUGAGAAAAUCACAGAAGAAGCAAGGGCUGAGGAAAUGCUGGAUUCUCAUUAAACCUAAACUUUACAAAACCAUCUCUCAUCUCUCCGAUUAUCUCCUUCGCAUUUUCCACCUCCAACAUUCUUCUCCUCAUGGCCUCAUCCUCUCUAUGGAUGACUUUGUUUUGCCACCUUUUGAGUCUACUUCUAUUCUGAAGGAUGAAGAUAUCAUCUGUGUGAGAAGGAAAGUGGGUAAACCCACUGAAACCAUUGAGCUGUCCAAUGGGGUGAAUGCGUUGGAGCAACCCGCGCGUCGGGGUGUGAAACUUCUCGCAAUUGAGGAAUUUCAAAAGGAAACUGGGGGCUAUCAAAGUCAAUCAGAAGAGGAUGAACAUGACAAGUUUUUGGAUGUAAUUGAGUUGGAAGAUACACCUGAUGUCGACAGAGCUUGCAAAAAGAGAAAGGCAUCAAAGAAACUUCAGGGUUCCAAGAGGAAGAAGAGUAAACUUGCUGCUGCUGAAGAACGUGCAGUUGCUCUUGAGGAUCUUGAUAAUGAUGUUCUCCGCGAGAGUCUUGUCAACAAAGACAAUAUGCCGGGAGAACUGGAGAAGUUGAGGACCCCUGAAAUUGAUGAAAUAAAUGAAUGUAUGCUCAAUGCAAAGAGGUUUGGCGAACUUCAAGAAAAUGGUAAAGGGAGUGCUGAUGUAUACUCAACACCUGAUGGAACUAAAAAGUUCCCAAGUAGAAGUGCUCGCCGUAAAAAGGCCAAGAGACGUUGGUUGAGGGAACAAGCCAAAAGUGAAAAGAUAGAGCAGCAUCAGAAGCAACUACCCACGAAAGGUAGUCAGCAACCGCCUGAUAAAGAUGAUAAAAAACUCUCUGAUGAAUAUCAACAACCAGAUCCAAAAUCACCAAAAUCAUGUGGCCAAGAUAAUAAAAACUUAUCUGAAGAACAUCAACAACCAGGUCCUAAUAGUGAUGCAGAUGAGGAUGUUGUUCCUGUAGUUAUAAGGCCAGGACAUAUUCGUUUUACUCCCCUAAGAAAAGUGGAUGCCGUUCAAGCUAUCCAGCAAAAUCAAACUCCAGUGGAAACUUUUCAAUGGAAAGGAGUAACCAGCAAGAAGAAGGGUCAAAAAUGGGGCAAAGAGAAAGCUGCUUCUUCAAAGUGGAAUAAUUAUGAAAUUUUUAAUCAGGAUUAUUCUGAAACUCUGACUACUGGGGAAGAGAUCUCUGUAAAUGAUUCCAAGGACUUGGAUUUCAAUAAGCUUAAACCUUAUACUAGCUUGCCCAAGGAAGGUGAUGUAAUUGCAUAUCGCUUGAUUGAGCUAUCAUCAUCUUGGAGCCCUGAGCCUACCUCCUUUCGGGUGGGGAACAUAUCAUGGUAUAACCUUGAAUCCAAUAAGGUUAUGCUAUUACCUGUCCCAGAAUAUCCACUCACUUUUGAGAAAAAGAUAGAUGAGGAUGCAUCUGCACUACAAUCAGAUACAUCCCUUUAUGAAGAAGAUGGAUCUUUACAAAUAGAUUAUUCAUUACUUGUUGAUGUCCGCAUCAUCAUGCAUCGUGCAAAAUCAGUCACUGGUGGAGUCAAUGAAGUUCAUAUGGCAAGUGAAGAUGCUGUAACAAAUUUGAGGGACCACAAUAACAAUGAAAAAGUCCUUGCCCCUGUCCAAGAAAAUGGAAAAUUUCGUGUGGGAGACCAAGAUGCAGUAAGAAGUUUGGGAGACAAUAACAGUCAAAAAGCGCAUGCCCCCAUCCCAGGAAAUGGAAAAUUGAAUGCAUGGGAAGAAAUUAACCAGGCUUUGUUUGCAAAGAAGGCAGAACUAUCUCAUGUUGAUGAUCAGUGUAUAAAGGAGGGCUCAGGGAGCAGUCGAUGGUCGUACAAGGCCCUGAGGAGCAGUGCACUGGGUCCAACCAUGGCUUUUCUUCGAGCACAAAGUGGAAUAUAAAUGUCCUUAAUCUGGUGUUUGGAAAUAGAUGAUGAUGCCCUAUGAACACUAUAUGGUUUGUGAAGAUACGAAAUUGAGAUGAUACAAUUUUUUUUUUUUAGUUUAUGCUGGGAAAGUCAUCUGAGCCAGUGAAGGCUUUGUACAGAACGAGGUCUUCUUAAUUUUGUUGGAACAUUUGUUAAUCAAAACAAGUGCUGUAAGAAGGCCUUUUUUUUCUUCUCCAAUUUUCUUAUGUUGAAGUUGAACAUGUAUUAGCACAAGAAAUCCACUAUCAAGAAUAUGGAACUCGGAAAAUUCAACA